AUGGCUCUAUUAACGACCGGUUUAACAACUGGAUUGGUUAUAGAUGUAGGCAAUUUGGAGACAAGUGUACUUCCUGUAAUGACAAAACGACUCACAGAAUUAUUAUACGACCAUGGCCGUUUUAUUCCACCAUCGAACCUUCACUUAUCGCUUGCCCCUCAUAAUAACAUACCCAGCAACUUAUUGACGCCCGAAGUCUUGGAAGACAUCAAGACUCGCGUUAUAUUCUGUUCCCCAGUUAUGAUUGGACAGCAACAAGGAUUAACAUUGUUAGAAUCGUAUAAAAAGUUUAGCAGUGCGACCGAUCUGUAUUAUCCUAUUACAUUGAAGGAUGGCACUAGAGCCAAUUUAUUAAUACCUGGUUGGAUUCGUGAAAAAGCAGCAGAAGUCUUAUUUGAAGGUGAUGAGGAUGAGCCCAGCAUUGCACAGUGUAUUUUGGAUUCCUUGUUAAAGUUACCCCCUGAUUUGCGUAAACCUGCAAUAUCGUCAUUGCUUUUCAUUGGAGGAACGUCUCUUUUACCAGGAUUUCAAUCAAGAGUGAAGGAAGAAUUGUUACGUAUAAUGAAAGAUCCAGUUGAUUUUGAAAAGCGACGCUACGGACCUUUACUUCGCUUGCAUAAAUCCAUUAAGUUUAUCGAUAACCCCGAAGACAAAGGCGCUGGCCGUAUUUUUAUGAACAACGUUCGAGGAUGGAUAGGAGGGUCUUUGGUUGGAUCGCUGAAACUCUCUGGGGAGGAAAUUACAAAAGAGAAAUUUUCUGGAAGUGUUACUGAUUGGUCCAUUGGAAAUUGGAGUAACCCUCUGGACACUUUAGAUCGAGAGCUGGGAAAUGUUGGUAGUAAAUGA